AUGAAGCUGAGCCCUCAGCAGAUGUGGGUUAAUAUUGUAACCCACAUCUGUGCUGCUUCCCAGCACUGUGGAAGGAAGCUGGUUACUAGAGAGCUCCUGACGAUCUUUCGGCGACCAGCUCGGACUUACCUGUACCUGGAUGACCAAUCAGGAGACUCCGUAGACGACGACGGUUACAACUCUGGCUCAGGGUCCGGUGAUAUGACUAUCGGUGAGGUCACUGAGCGAGUCAAAGUGAAAAGGGUGUUCGCCGCUCCUGAAGCAGAGCCAACCCAGGACUCUCUACCAGAACUUUCAACCGCCGUGGAGAUGUUUACAGUCACUGACCUGAGCACAGAAAUAGCUGAGACAGAAACUGAGACUGAAACAGAGACCCAGGUCCCUGAACGGUCUCUGGACRURACAGAGGAGACUGUAAUCAGUAGUGAAGCUCCUCCCAGCACCACCGGUGCUUCCGGGUUGCUGUACGAGGCAGACACACCCUACGAUGUACACUCCGAAAACCUAUUCCAGAGGACAGAGGUCCUAGCAG